AUGGCUUAUUAUCCCUUCCAAAGUCAGCGAACGGGUGCCUUGCCUUUGCCGGCCUUGCUUUCAGCCGCGCAAUCCUCCUUCGGCCCCACGCUGUGCGUCCCGGCUGUGGCGGCGGCGGCGUCCCGCUCCGAGGUGGAGUCCGAGGAGGUGUGCUCCGGGGCGGGGCUGCACGCGGCUCUGAGUCGGCAGCAACAAGCGCUCCAGUUGCGCUCCCUGAAGAACCUGCAGCCGGCGGACGGCUUGUGCGACGACCCCAAAGUGUCUCUUGAAUCACAGGAAUUAUGGAACGAGUUUCAUAAAAUGGGAACGGAGAUGGUUAUAACUAAAUCAGGAAGGAGGAUGUUUCCGCCUUUCAAAGUAAAGGUUGACGGACUUGACAAAACCUCCAAAUACAUCCUCCUCAUGGACAUUGUUGCUGUAGAUGACUUCCGGUAUAAAUUUCACAACUCUCGCUGGAUAGUUGCCGGAAAAGCGGACCCGGAGAUGCCGAAACGCAUGUACAUUCAUCCCGACAGUCCGUCCAAGGGAGAGCAGUGGAUGAGCAAGCCCGUCGCCUUCCAUAAACUCAAACUCACCAACAAUAUAUCGGAUAAACACGGAUUUACCAUUCUGAAUUCCAUGCACAAAUACCAGCCCAGGUUUCAUAUUGUGAGAGCAAACGACAUCAUGAAACUUCCAUACAGCACAUUCUUGACCUACGUUUUCCCCGAGACUGAGUUUAUUGCCGUCACUGCAUAUCAAAAUGAGAAGAUCACGCAGCUAAAAAUUGACAACAACCCAUUUGCCAAAGGAUUCAGAGAAACGGGGAACGGAAGACGAGAAAAGAGGAAUAAUCCUUUAAACGCCUCUCCGCCGGAGGAGAACAAAGCGUACUGCGCCGAUUCGGACGACUCGUGGGAACAACCCAAAACCGGCGACUCGUUUCACUCUCCUCUGGAAUCGCUGGCCGGGACAUCCGCGCCGAAUUGUGGAGAUGAGAACAACACCGGAAGCGAUUCGGAUAUUGAUCUUCAAGGUGAGGAUACGGGUGACGGUUCUCGGCCUGAAUUGUCAUCCGGGCUGAUUGAGAAGAGUGGCAAGAAAGCGCCGACGUCGUCAAGUGAGAACUUCUGCGGGGAAAGAGACUCCUCGCCCAGCCACGCGAAUCCAAUAAAAGAGGGCACGGCACCCGAAUUAUUGGACAAAGAGAGCUCGUGGACAUUCGGCACGGGACCUCGUCAGACUCAGCGGUGCCCUGAGCUCGGAGCACCUUUGCUGUUUGGCCAAGGAGAGUUGUCAGUCAAGACGGGGAUGCUUCACUCCACACGCAUGGGACAUCUGCUUUCCUCUUUCUCAGGAUUAAAUGACCCAGAACACAGAGGUGUAUCUUCGCAAAUCCUCGCCUCGCCUCCGCCAUUUAUGUUUCACCUGUCACAGCAUGUGUUGAUGCCACAGGGCCUGUCACUACCACACUUUGGAGGAUUGCUCUCAUACCCAUGGAAUUACGCAAGCACUCCAACUCUUCCAACUGGUUCGACAACCUCGGCGCUCCUUAGGAACCGCUCUUUUCACAGCGCAAUACCGUGGUUGCGGAUGAGCCCCUAUCAGAUCCCCGCCGCCGCUGCCGUACCGGGCCAAAAUCCGCCGAUGGCAAGUUCAAACUCAACUAAAUCGCAGCAGUAUGACCUGUACAGCCAAGAGACGUUGCCAACGGCUGAUAAUCCCACGCGAAGCGAGCAGACCGUUUCCAGUGACAAUUUGGAGACUUCUUCUGAUGGACUUAAAAACAUACAAAAUGUGUUUGAUGAAUCACUUCCUUUACAACCACAAAGAUUCCUUUUUCAAUGUUAA